AGGUGGGAGGCGAGGCGAGAGAAGUUGGGAGUUGAGUGGUACGCCAGUGUGAUUCUGCCUAGCAAGGGUUUGGUACUGCCUGCUGACGCGCUGUUCCACGCACGUCACAGCCACACUCUCAGCUCUGUCCCGCGCACACAGGCAAAAGAAAAGAUGUCACGAGACUUCGGGCCCGAGACUGGCACCAUCACCAUUGGCACCACAUUUCCAACCUACGAGGUGGAGGUUAACGGCACCACAGUCACGGUCGCCCUGUCCACCAUCACCCUUGGGCUUGUGUUCUAUCUCCCCAACUUAUUCGGGGAGAGCCCAGGGAAUGCUCGUGCCCUGCCCUUCUCUGCGUCCCCUAGGAGCAUCCAGCAGGACCAGAGGGAGCUGCUGGGACAGAUAGAGGAGAGCAUGGUGGCAGCAGGGAUGGACGGGCAUGCCUGCGUCUUGCGGUUCAUUUGUGAGAUGCAGGCUAAUAGAUUCUCCCACUCCUCCAUCUUCGGCGAGGUGCUCAGUCUGAUCUUCACACCCAAGGCCGGAGGGGACGCCUCGGUACUAAAAGACUAUAUAGAAGCUGAGAUGGCGGGACAGUCUCUGCAAGAAGCCACCCAGAGGGAGCCCAGCGCAGGCCAAACACUACAGGUCCCGACGUGCGCCCAGCGUUACCCCAGCUGCCCCGUGUCAGUGUUCGCUGCCCUCAGGCGCCUGCAACCACGCACUGACUCUGGCCACUCCACGCGUGAAGACAGACCUCAGUCUUUCGCCAGUAAUGCGGGGGGAGGAUAGUGCGAUGUAGGAUGGUGAUGGUGGUGAUGAUAAUAAUAGUAAUGAUAAUAAUAAUGAUAAUAAUAAUAAUAAUAAUAAUAAUAAUAAUAAUAAUAAUAAUAAUAAUAAUAAUAAUAAUUACGAUAGUCAUAGUAACAACAUUAGAAAAUUUUAAAAUAAAUUGCACACUAAAGCAAACUAGUAACAUAGGGAAUAUGAAAUUUUGAUUCUGAUUCUGAUUCUCUCUCUCUCUCUCUCUCUCUCUCUCUCUCUCUCUCUCUCUCUCUCUCUCUCUCUCUCUCUCUCUCUCUCUCUCUCUCUCUCUCUUCUCUCUCUCUUCAACGAUAUAUAAGUACAUCUAAAUCAUUGUGUACCAAGGACAAAAUAAUAAUAAUAAUAAUAAUAAUAAUAAUAAUAAUAAUAAUAAUAAUAAUAAUAAUAAUAAUAACACUCACCUGUCUACCAGAAAUUACACUUUCAUGGCAUUACUGUUGAGUCUUAGUUAAGCUUGUACUUUUAUAGAAAUUGAAGUGAAUAUCCUUCUGCAUUCUAUUUAUUUAUUUUUCAUUGUUGCAUUUAUUUAUCUGUUUAUUUAUUUAUUUAUUUAAUUUUGUGUGUGUGAGAGAGAGAGAGAGAGAGAGAGAGAGAGAGAGAGAGAGAGAGAGAGAGAGAGAGAGAGAUUCAUUACGCUUGCUGCAAACGUCUUUAUAAAUAAGGCAGCGGUGAGGUGAAUGUUUGUAUGCAUAAUAUUAAACAGAAAAUUAUUGUGUACAUGUUUAAUUAUUUGUUCUCAUAACCCAAAGACUUGAAGCGGUGAAAAUAACUUGUGCAUAUAUGUUUACUGAAAUCAUUAUUAUUGUGAGUUGAAGUAACGGGUGACGAACACAUGUAAAGACUAAAAUAUCAAUAAACUAUCACGUAUU